AUGUGUUUCCAGAACUACAAAGUGAUCGCUUUCAUAGAGAUGGUUUUACCUAAUUUUCUGAUCCUAACAGUGGCUAUAAAGAAAAGGUCCAGAGUUCCCGGGGUGAUGAUCACUCAGUAUCUGGAGAUAUUACCUGCAGGAAAGACCACACCUGAUUUUACCCGCAAGCCAAUGGCUGUGACUGCUCAAGAGGGCAAAAAAGGAUUGUUCAAAGCCAUUGUUAGUGGUGAGCCGGCACCCACUGUAACAUGGGCGCGGAAUAACGGCGAGCUCAAUGAGCCAGAAAAGUACACGACCAGAUAUGAUCAAAGAUCUCAAGAGCACAUUCUGGAGAUCAUCAAUAUCAAACCGGAUCAAGCUGGCGCGUACAAAUGCCUCGCCAGCAAUGAGUAUGGACAGGCUGUCUGCACUGCAAAUCUCAAUGUUAUUGAAGUUGGCGUUAAGAAGAAAGCUCCAGCGGCAAAUGGAGAUGCACCAUUAGAUUUCAGAAAGAUGCUUAAGAAAACUGUUGUUGUCACCAGAAAAAAACAACUCCCACCAAAAAAAGAUGGAGAGAUUGAUCCAAAGCUCCUUGAACUGCUUAUCUCUGCACCAAAGAAGGACUAUGAAAAGAUCUGUGCAGACUUUGGUGUGUUUGACUUUCGCUGGUUGCUGAAGAGACUCAACCAGCUGAAAAAGGAACGGGCAGAUGAGCAGGCUAAGGUUGUAGAGCAACUGGACAAUGUGAAACAAAUAGAAGUAAAACCCAAUGGGACAGCUGAAUUUAGCCUCGACAUGAAACUUCAGGAUCCCAACAGUUCAAUUAACUUAUACAAGGAUGGGACACUGCUUCCAUAUGGUGAUGAUGACAAUUCAAAGCAUAGCCUUAAGCAAACUGGGACAAAUUAUGUUUUCAGCAUCAAAAAUCCUCAACCAGAAGAUGCUGGAUUUUACCAGCUUGAUGUUGAAGAUGCAAAUGUCUUAGCAACUGACUUUAAAGUGCCUCCUGUGGGUUUCAUAGCCAAGAUCAAGGAUGUGAAGACGUUUGAAAGUGAAGAAGCCGUCUUUCAGUGCGUCUUGUCAACACCCCUCAACAGGAUUACCUGGUCAAAUAAGGACUUGACACUUGAACAUGGGGACAAAUAUGAGAUCACUGUCUCAGAGGACAAGCUAAUCCACACAUUGAAAGUUAAAGACUGUAAAUUGGCAGAUACUGGAGCAUAUUAUGCCAUUGCUGGAAUAGCUUCUAGCAGUGCCUCUCUCACAGUAGAAGUUGAUCCAAAUGGUAAAGGCCAAAAGGGCACCCGAACUGGGAAUGAAGAAGGCCUGACUAAACUGGCAUUGGAUCAGCUACCAAAACACACGGAACAGUUGGAGGCAGAUGGCACUGGAGAUGGCAAUGAUAAGGACCUUCAGACAGGUGGAGAUGACGGAAAUAAAGGGGAUGAUGCAGAUGAUAAGAACAAGAAGCGAGUACGAAGCGGCCCUUUGGUUCCUGACACUGUUAAAGAUACUGGCGUUCAGUUUGUCAGUGGGCUGUCAGAUAUGGUUGCUAAUGUUGGUGACCGGGCAGAGCUUUCUUGCAAACUAAGCAGUGAGACCGCUGUGGGACGUUGGUAUAAAAAUGGGAAGCUGCUAACCGAGGAGGAUGGGGUAACAAUUAUCAAAGAUGGAGCCUGUCAUAGGUUGAUAAUUGAUUGCUGUAAAAAAGAUGAUGGAGCUGUGUACCGCUUUGAAGCUGAAGGCCGUAAAUCUGAGGCAACACUCAAUAUUCAAGAUCCACCGAAAAUCGAUGCCGAUGCACUAGGAAAAUUCUCAGAGCCAGUCAUUAUAAGGGCAGGCGAAAAUGCAGAAUGGAAACUGCCAUUCUCAGGUGGGGCGCCAAUGACCAUACAGUGGUACAAGGAUGGUGACGAGCUGUUGCCCGCUCUCAAUGUGAAAAUUGAAACAUCAGAUACUGAGAGCAAACUACGCCUUCUUAAGUGUCAAAGGAAAGACUGUGGAGAGGUCAAAAUCAAAAUCAAAAAUGAAUACGGUAUAAUUGAGGCAAUAUCCAAACUUAUUGUGCUGGACAAACCCACACCACCACAAGGACCUGUGGACAUUAUGGAAAGCGCUGUUACAUCUGUUGAGUUCAAAUGGAAACCGCCAAAAGACGAUGGUGGAUGCCCGGUCACAAACUAUAUUUUAGAGCGGCAACAAGUAGGGCGCAAUAAAUGGACAAAUCUCGGUGAGAUUCCUGGAAGCAACCCAAGUUACAGAGAUUCAGAUGUGACACCCGGAAGGAGAUACUGUUACAGGAUCAGAGCCAAGAACGCAGAAGGCAUCAGUGAAUACCUGCAGACUGAGGACAUACCAGCUGGUGUGUUACGUUAUCCUGGAUCCCCAGCAGCACCUAAAGUAGUCAGUGCCUUUAAAGACUGCAUCAAUCUGACAUGGUGUCCUCCAUGUGACACUGGAGGAACCAAAAUAGUGGGAUACCAUUUGGAAAAAAACAAGAAAGGCACCAAUUACUGGAGCCUUGUAAACCAAGGAGUGCCGAUUCCAGAUACAAAAUAUGCAGUGAAAGAUGUAUUUGAAGGGGCGGCAUAUGUAUUUAGGGUGUCUGCUAUCAACCUAUCUGGUGCUGGAGAUCCAAGUCUUCCAUCUGACACAGUAAUUGCAAGAGAUCCAAAGAAUCCCCCAGGCAAAGUGACAGACCUGAAGUUAACAUCCUCCAAUUACACCACAUUUUCUCUGGCUUGGAUAAAACCCAAAGAAAUAAAAGGAGUAGAGGAUGAGGCCGAAGGCUACUAUGUGGAGAUCAGACCAAUUGAAAACCUUGAAUGGACUCGGUGUAAUGCUACCCCAAAUACUAUAACUUCCUACACUGUGCUUGGCCUGAAGGCAAUGGCCACAUACUGGCUGAGAGUUAUUGCCACCAAUUAUGGAGGUGAUGGAGAACCUCAGGGCUUUGACAAUUACAUCAUUGCCAUGCCUCCUCCUGUAAAGCCAAAGUUUAACGACCGCAACAUGAAGACCUUUGUGGUGGUAAGGUCUGGAAACACAGUCCGUCUGAACAUCAACUUUGAGGCAUGUCCCCUGCCAGAAAUUACUUGGCAAAAAGAUGGUAUACCAGUGCCCAAACAUGUAACUAUUACCAACUCUGAUAAAGGAUCUCAGCUGUGGAUCCCCACAUCUGAUCGGCCCGACAGUGGCAUCUACACCAUAACUGUCAAAAACAUUGUCGGCCAAGCAAGCUUCAAUAUUGAAAUCAGAGUUACAGAUGAUCCCAAGCCCCCAGGUCCUGUGGAGCUGGAUCAGAACAUCCCAGGAACAGUGACCCUGUCCUGGACUCCCUCUCCAGAUGAGAAGAGAGAUGACAGACUACACUACAUGGUAGCUAAGAAGGACUCCUUCAAACGCAGUUGGAGGACAGUCGCAGAUAACCUCUUCAACAAUAAAUGCACAGUAGUCAAUAUUUUGUCUGGACGGGAGUAUCACUUCAGGGUGUUUGCUAAAAAUGACAUUGGUCCUUCACCACCUUCUGAAUCCCCUGUGUUUGGAACCAUAAAGGAAAAAGGAAAGUUCAAAGUAGACAUGCCAGAGAGAAAACCUUUGGACUUCCAGUCCCCUCCAUCGUUCAUCGUUCCACUAAAGAGGCGUACAACUCCACAGGGUUAUGAGUGCUACAUGAGCUGUGCCGUUAAGGGGGAUCCAGCUCCACGUGUGACAUGGUACCGCAACGAUAUGAGCCUGAACACAAACACCAACUACCACAUCACAAAUGUUUGUGGCGUCUGCUCCCUGCUCAUACUACGGGUGGGGCCCAAAGACAACGGGGAAUACAAAGUGGUCAUUGAGAACAAACUGGGGACAGCCGAGUGCUCAAUGAUGCUGAAUAGUGAAGAAGAACUUCAGCUGCUGGACAGAAGCUAG